UAAACUAUAUAGUUUAUUUUAAAAAUUAAACAAAAACUAAAUGUUUAAUUAUUUACUCAAUAAAUAAAUCUAUGAAGCGAAAAGUUUAAUUUUUUAAAAACUUUUCAAAUUUGUGAAAUGUUACAAUAUUUUUGAAUAUGACAGUAACACAAUAUUUAACUAAUCUUUAUAUAUAUAGUUACGUAAUGGACUUAUUCCAAGAAAGUCUUGUUACAUUUACUAACUAAUCUUAUCAUUUAAAUUUUGGGUCUUUAAGAAAUUUUUAUUGGGUUAUCAAUAAUUGGAUUUAAACAAUAUAUGAUCUAUUGGAUUUAUAGAUAGUAUAAAUUAAAUAGAUAUAAUUUAAUGUUGAAAUAUUAUAACUCGAUAUGGUAAUUAUUUAAAUAUUUGCUGAUGUUAACUUUUAAAAUUAUAAAGAUUUUUUUUAAUAACAAAAUCAGAUUAUCUAACAAUGAUUAAUCUUUAUUACCUUAAACUAAUAAAAACAAAUUUUAAACUAUAUAGUUUAUUUUAAUUAUUAAACAAAAGCUAGAUGUUUAAUUAUUGACUCGAUAAUAUAAAUCUAUGAAGCGAAAAGUUUAACUUUUCAAAAACAUUCUAAAUUUGUGAAAUGUUACAAUAUUUUUGAAUAUGACAAUAAAACAAUAUUUUACUAAUCUUUAUAUAUAUAGUUACAAUUUUAAUAAUAAAAAUAUAAUCCGAAAAUAUAUAUGAUCCAUUGGAUUUUUGAAUGUGAAAGUUUGAAACAAUCUAUUCAAUAAAAAAAUACACUGUAAACUUAUAUAUUUUAAAAAUUGAUAGACAUAUAUCUAUAUAUUAUAAUAUAUACCAAUUUAGAAUUGAAAACAAAAUGUUUAUAUAAAAAUAAACGAAAACAAAAACCCGCGCAAGUAAUUAAAGGACUAUUUAGAGUUAUUUGAUAUGACAAGAUUUAGUUGUUAUAGGAAUAUUUGAUUCCUAUAUAUUUAAUUCUAGAUUCUUAGCUAUUAUUCGUAAAUCAUAUAUGGUUAGUUAAAUAUCUUUUAUAGAUUCUCACAGUUAGUUAUUCAUGGGUUGAUUUAUAACACGUUAUUGUUUCUGUUCCUAUCGUAUGAAUAUUCUGAUAUUAAUUCAAUGGCAUUUAAACGUAAAUAAAGUGAUCUUUUAAGGGUGAUAUUUAAAAAUAUACUUCAAUUUUUAAUAUAGAUACUAAAUACCAUAGUGAGAGUUGCUUUAUGUAGUGGAGAAUAUUGAACAACUAAAUCGAACUAAACACAUCAAAAUUAAAUUGGAAUAAGCUCCAUAUUCUUGAAAAAUAAAACCAGCGGUUAGAGAAGGUGCAAACUGAAUCAUAUUCCAUUGCUAUUAGUUACUUUUUAUAAUAAUGAACAAACUUCUCCUACUAAAAUCUAUAUAAAGCUCACCCGUCUGUUGUUUAAUUUCAUAUUAGCCACAAGCAAUUAAGUAAAAAUCAUUUCUCUAUAUACACACAUUCGGAAAUAAUGGGUUCUAAUGUUUCAUCUGUGCAUGAUGUUCCUUCAUCAGUGGAAAACAAGAAUGGUUUGGUUGUGGAAAUCGAAUCAAGAAGACAAUGGAGAUCUGUCUUUGACUCCAUGAAAGUUUCAAAUAAAUUGCUAGUGAUUGAUUUCACCGCUGCAUGGUGUGGACCUUGUAAAGCGAUGGAACCUAGAGUUAAGGAGAUCGUUUAUAGGUUCCCAGAAGCUGUUUUUGCGAGGGUUGAUGUGGAUAGACUCAUGGAUGUGGCUGGCACGUAUAGAGCAAACACACUUCCAGCUUUUGUUUUUCUGAAGAGAGGAGAAGAGAUUGAUAGGGUUGUUGGUGCCAAACCUGAUGAACUUGUGUACAAAAUUGAAAAACAUAGGGUUUAAUAUUGUACUUGUUCAUUGGAGAACAAAAAAAUAUACUUUGGAGUGAUCAUAUGUGUUUCAUUGUUCGAAGUUGAGCUUUUGGUGUGUUGUUUUCUCAAAGAUCAUGAAUAAAAAUGUCAAAAUUGUUUGGACACU